CUCGGUGCGGUGGUCUUUAUAGAUGGAAUUCUGGUUCAUUGUGCAGCAUUUCAAAGCUCAACCCAUUUGGGUUCGUUUCUUAUCUUUUCUGGGUCUCUUCUGUUUGUCAAAAUUCACCUUGAUGCUUCUUCGUUGGGUUUACGUUUCUUUUCUCAUACCUGGUAAGAAUCUCAAGAAAUAUGGGUCGUGGGCUCUCGUGACGGCACCCACUGACGGCAUUGGGAAGGGUUUCGCCUUCCAAUUGGCACGGAAGGGACUCAACUUGGUUCUGGUGGGUCGCAAUCCUGAUAAGUUGAAGAACGUUUCGGAUGCCAUCAAGGCGAAGUUUGGGAAAACCCAGAUCAAGAAUGUGGUGGUUGAUUUCUCCGGUGACCUUUCCGAGGGGAUACGUCGGAUUGAGGAAGCCAUUGAAGGUCUGGAUGUUGGCGUUCUCAUUAACAACGUCGGUGUUUCCUAUCCCUACGUGAGGUUCUUUCAGGAAGUGGAUGAAGAGCUGAUGAAGAAUCUGGUUCAUAUCAACAUUGAAGGCACCACCAAGGUUAUGCAGGCACUGCUCCCCGGUAUGCUUAAGAGGAAGAAAGGCGCAAUCGUCAAUAUCGGUUCGGGGGCAGCCGUUAUUAUACCUUCCGAUCCUCUUUAUGCUGUUUAUGCUGCUACGAAAGCGUAAGUUGAUCAGUUCUCAAGGA